CGCGGCGCAAGCGCACGUUGAAGUCUUAUCAGUGAACGGCCGCGCACUCAACGUUCCUUUUUUCGCGUCAAUUUAAAUAUUCAAAUUGAGUGCUUUUAUUUUUUUAAUUGUUGUGAUUAAGAAAUAUUUUGCAAAAUGACUUCGAUCUAUUUUGUUGCUAUUAUUUUUGUUUUACAUCUUACUUUGGCGACACCGAUUGCUGAGAUUGAGGCAGAUGAUGAAGUGCUACACCUCAUCGGUGAGCCAGACUUUAGAGACGUCCGUCUGAGAUGGGAGUACGGGAAAAGUGAGGGGGAGGAUCCCAAAAAAUUACUCGCGUUCCAAGUUCACUACUGCGAGCUCCAGGCGUGGGGACAGUACAGAUGUCGAACUAAGGUUGUUGAUACGUUUGAAGAAGAAUGGUCUGGAAGAUCAGAGGAUGGUAAUGAGACGGCGAAGAUUGUGGCCGGAGUCAGACGCAGCCGCACCUACACCACGUAUAUCUCCGGCCUGCGGAUGGCCACGACCUACUCGUUCGAAGUUAGACCAGUUCGGAGAGACGCGAGGGAUCUGGCUGAUCCUCAGUCUAUCGGCUCCAAAAUUAUCAUCGUUCCUACGAAGGGCUUUUCUGCUCGCGCCACGCAGUGUUUGCCUCAUGCCAGCGAGGUGGAAGUGUCGACAGGUCCAUAUUUCGGAGGUCGGAUAGCCGUAGAGGCUGCAGAUGGCGGUCCCGAGCGGUGCUCCUUGCAAGGCAACCCAAAUAGCGCCCAAGAUGCCUACAUAUUGAGGAUAGACCACGAGAAGUGCGGUUCCGAUGUUAACGAUACGACAGUGGCCACAUACGUCAUCGUGCAAGAAAAUCUGCCAAUACUAACGCAUAGCACGCGUCGAUUUUUGGUGCUAUGCACAUACAAACCCGAGACGCUGACAGUGCGAGCUGGGAUAAACCUGCCCAAAGCGAGUCCCGGCGACGUGUUGUCAGGAUCAGCGGACGUCGUGGAGACAUUUGAUGAGGACUUAGAGACUAAUCAACUGCAACCGGCCCGGUUAGAAUCGAGAAAGGAUGAAUCGGAACAAAGUAUGCUCGGGGAAGUGACAUUAGUGAUAUUCCUGGUGGUCGCAGCCUUCGGCGGAGUCGCAUUUCUCAUCUGGAAAAUGGUGCCACAAGACGCGGACGACGUGUCGAUUGUGACGUCGUCGUCCCUUUCUAACAAUAGCAUAUUCAGCAGGCGGAACAGGGACAGAUUCUCCGACCGGAGUUCCGUAUACUCGAUAACUCUAUCCGAGAAGAAUGAUGAUACGCUUAAGAAAAGUGACAGCGACAACACUUCGGAGGCGUAAAGUGUGCAAAUCUAAAAUAGAUUAAGGUCGUCACGAUUGUUAUUUUAAGAUGCACGUCCAAUUUGGAUUGUUUAUCACAUGUGUGCCGGUUUCACCGAGUUUUACAAAUGAAUAUUUUUGAUUCCGACCAAAUUGAGAACAUUGAUGGGUUAAACUAGAGAAUAAUUUCUAGAAGGGUGACUCUACAUUGCGUUUGAGCUCGAUGUAGGGUCACACUAUUAUAUUGUUGCAAUGACUGUACUAUAUAAUAUAUGUAAAUUGCAUGUUAUUAGUCCCGUUUUAUAUGGAUUUAUUUGUAUUAAUUGAAUGUCAAUUUUUAUGUAGCCAACUAUCAGAGAAGUUGAUCCAUAGGCAGAUAGCGGACCUACGUAUUUUGGUCGCGUUUUGUGAAACCCAGCCGACAAAUGACGACUUACAUUAAGUUGACAGAAUCCGACCAAAUGUCGUAGGUCCCUCAACGCCUAUAAAUCAAUUCCUUUGGUGGUACCUACAGAUCCUAUUGCUGUGCAAAUUGAACUUUGCAGCCUGCAGGCCAAUUAUUCCUGAUUAAGACUGAAUUUGAUUUAUGUCAUUCAAUAUGAAACAAUUAGUACUCUAUUUAUUGUGUUAUAUAGAAACAAUGGAUCCCUACAGUGCGCGCGGAACUAGUUGGCCGCGCCUUAGGUAGGGACAGGGGUGAGGGGACGGGUUGCUUGCUGCUGCCUGCUCGCAACGCACAUGAGAUUCGACAGUAACCACCAAUCUCGAGAUAUAGUGAACAAUAAUUAUUCAAGUAUUGAAAAUAAUAAAUUAAAGACAAUUGAUCAGUUUUAUAUUCUAAGCUAAAAACAUACUUUUAUUUUCUAAACUAAAAAACGUCGGCUUUCCGUUUUUAAAAAACGUAUGCACUUUGAAUAUUAUUUUCUUAGAUUAUCUUUUUAUGGGCGGACUCAUCUUGCUAUGGCAAUCUCUAGUGCGUUUUGUCUGAACUAGCCAGAACUGUCAAAAUCAAGCGCGCCCGCCCCUCCGUCCCACCGCUCACAUACCUAAGGCGCGGCCAACUGGUUCCGCGCGCACUAUAUACAAAAAAAAUUGUUGUUCUGUAAGAGAAAAAAGUUUCUGUGAUGUUACAACAAAAUCUACAUGGGUAUUCUACAUACAUCGUUCGUACGAUACAGGCGAACCAAAUGUAAACAUUAGUAGGUAUGUAAGGCUUAAUUUAAGACAACUAGUGAGUGUUAAAAGAAAAGUA